AUGGCCUCAGCAUCGCGACCAAACAUUCUCUUCAUCAUGGCCGAUGACCAUGCCUCGAAGUCCAUCUCAUGCUACGGGGCUGGAAUCAACAACACCCCAAACCUCGAUCGACUCGCAACAGAAGGCAUGAAGUUCAACCACUGCUACGUCACCAACAGUAUCUGCACUCCCUCGCGAGCCGCCAUUCUCACCGGAACACACAACCAUGUCAACGGCGUCAUGACCCUCGACUCAAAAAUCAACAAGCACAACCCGAACGUCGCCAAGGCUCUGCGGACUGGCGGCUACCAGACAGCGAUGGUGGGAAAAUGGCAUCUGGGCGAAGGAAAGGAGCAUGAGCCCACCGGAUUUGAUUAUUGGGAGGUUGUCCCCGGUCAGGGUGAAUACCAUGAUCCCGAAUUCAUCGGACCAGAGGGCAAGACCAGGGUGCGCGGAUAUGCUACCGACAUCAUCACAGACAAGAGUCUGAACUGGAUCAAGGAGCGGGACCCCCAAAAGCCUUUCUUUAUGAUGUGCCACCACAAAGCACCCCAUCGCAGCUGGGAAUGUCAUCCCAAGCACAAAGAUCUAUACCGAGACCCUGUCCGCCUCCCGGACACCUUCACGGACAACUACAAGAACCGCGCAAAGGCAGCAAAGGUGGCCAAGUUCCGCGUCGCAGAGGAUCUCACAUACUUUGAUCUGGGACUGGUGCAACCCGACGGUGGCAGCGAGGUCGGCGAGAAAAUGUUAGACAGAUGGUGGCUCCAGGACCGCAAGAUCCCAGCCCCUGAGGACGUGACAAAGAUGCGAUUGAUCGACAAAGAAGAUGGCACUGUCUUCACUUUCAAAACAACACAGGAGCUAGCGGAGUUCAAGUUCCAGCGCUACAUGCAGCGCUAUCUCCGCACCAUCCAGAGCAUCGACGACAAUGUGGGCCGGACAUUGGACUUCCUGGACAAGGAGGGAUUAGCUGAAAACACGAUUGUCGUUUACACUUCUGACCAGGGCUUCUUCCUGGGCGAACACGGCUGGUUCGAUAAGCGGUUCAUGUACGAGGAGAGCUUCCAAAUGCCGUUCCUCAUCCGAUACCCUCGGGAAAUCCCGGCGGGGAGCGUCUGCGAGGACAUUAUCUGUAAUGUGGACUUUGCGCCUACAUUCUUGGACUUUGCCGGUCUCCGCAUGCCAUCGUAUAUGCAGGGGGUAAGUUUCCGGGAUCUGCUGAGACUCAAUACGCCCGGCGAUUGGCAGCAAGUGGCUUAUCAUCGCUAUUGGAUGCAUCGAGACGUUAUUCAUGAGGCGUAUGCGCACUAUGGAGUGCGGGAUCGGAGGUACAAGUUGAUUUAUUGGUAUAAUGAGGACUUUGGCAUUGAGGGGACUCGGCCCGGUGGUGAGGAGAAGGAGUGGGAAUUGUUUGAUUGUGAAGAAGACCCACUCGAGUUGUUCAAUUGUUACCACGAGGAGAAGUACGGUGAUGUGGUCAAGCGCAUGACACGAUUGUUGGAGGAUAAGAUGGAGGAAAUUGGUGAUGAGCCCGUGCACCCUCGUGAGGUGGUGUGA